CGCUGUAACCCAGCUGUAUUUUUGGUGAGGCACAAACCCCUGGGGGGAGAGGGCUAAAGAGAGAGAGAGAGUGAGAGAGGCAGAGGGAGGAGGAGCGGGGUGGGGGUUACUUCUCUCCGUGUUUCUGCCGUGCACAGCAGCGAACUCCCUCCUUUCUCGCAGUGCGCUGAACCUACAUGCGGCAGGUGUGUGCACCGACUGUCCGCGAAGCUCUCCUCACAUUGACUACAUUUGGGACUGAUUUUGGAUACUAAACCGAGGCGGUAACUCACGUUGCAGGUCGGCUGCAUAGAAUCCACCUCGGUUGUGAGGAUGUUGCAGUGAAAGGCAGCAGAGCAUCUUCUCCACUGCUUCGCACUCUGCCGGCAUCGUCAGCUGUUGCUCUAGCAGAGAGUGGAAGUGUCGGGAGCAACAGAAAAAAAAGGCCAAACUAUGCGACUGAUUUCCAAACGGUAACCGUUUUCCACCCAAAGUCGACCGGGGAGCGGAUGCGAGCAGAGGUUGUCAACGAGCCUCUGAGUAUUUUCUGCCCUUUGACGGUGCUGGAGGAGCUGUGCCAAUGGAGAAAGCGACUCCACCGCCCCAGCCCCAGCUCCAGCUGUCGAUAGCGAAGACUGAAAGUCCAGCGGAGGACAUCUCCGGUCUGUCUGAUGAGGAGCUGCUCAAGUGGUCCAAGGAGGAUCUGGUGCGGCGGCUGAGGCGGUCCGAGGCCGACAAGAUGAGCGUGAUUCUGGACCACGGGAAUCUCAUCCGAGAGGUCAAUCGCAGCCUCCAGCUGCAUUUGAACGAGAUCAGGGGGCUGAAGGACAUUAAUCAGAAGCUGCAGGAGGACAACCGUGAGCUGCGGGACUUGUGCUGCUUUCUGGACGAUGACCGUCAGAAAGGAAAGCGUGUCUCCAGGGAGUGGCAGCGCCUGGGACGAUACAGUGCCAGCAUCAUGCGCAAAGAGGUGACGCUGUAUCUCCAGAAACUCAAGGAGCUGGAGCAUCGACAGGAGGAGGUAAUCCGCGAGAACCUGGAGCUGAAGGAGCUCUGCCUGCUGCUGGACGAAGAGAAGGGGGUGGUAGUUGGAGGAGGUGGCAGCGGAGGAAGUGGAGGCGGAGGGGGUGUAGGGACAGGAGGGUGCCGCAACUCCAUAGACAGUCAGAACAGUUUACUGCUGGUGCCUGGGCAGGGGCUCCUGAUGAGAGACGUGGGGGAUGGGAGCAGCACUUCCAGCGCUGGGAGCGCUGACAGCUCCGAUCACCCUCAUCAUAAGCAGCCUCACCUGGCUGUGGGAGUGGGUGGAGUUGGGAGUGGUGGGGAAAAAGGGAGCCCUGAGCUUGUACAUAAACCCAGGUGUAGCAGCAUCAGUGGAAUGGGAGGAGGAAGCGGAGGUGACAGGGAGGUGUCCAGUCCCGAGCACCCAGCUGGGCGCCAUCGAAGUACAAGCCUAGAGUACCCAUACACCCUGCCCCAGCUCUGCCGACCCCGCUGCGGCUCCAUAUCCGUGCCUGACCACAGUCGAGCCAUACGAGGCCUCAGCCCGGAAAAAUAUGGGAAGAACGUGGGCCGACGCAGUCCGGAGCAGCACCCCAAGCACCACAGCUCUGAUCUCCUCCUGGGCCAGAGGCAGCACUACCUGGGCCAGGGAGGAAGCGGGGAGCUCUUUCAGAGGCACCACAGGAGCAGCAUAAGCAGUACAGGCUGUGGGAGCCCUGAGCCCCGACAGGCACAUUUAGGGACCAGUGAGCACCAUGAAAAGGGUUGCGUGGUCCCAGGGGGCAGCCCCGAAACUCAUAGGCACCAGUACAGUAUGAGUCCUGACCAUGUGAAGUUUGGCAGCCCUGUGAGAGAUGGGCAGAGGAGGCCAGCUGGAGACGAGCUAUCGCCACAUCAUCGGAGCAUCUACAAUGGCAUGAAUGCUUUGAUAUCAGCCGGCUGCUGCACUAACAACUGUAGAAAUGUCAAGCUAUGGGACAGCUUUGAUGCCUCCUCUUGACCCCAACUUGACCAGUUAGGCUCCUCAAACAGAGGAGGGGUCGCAGUGGUACUGCCCUCCUGCGCCUCUGGCCUUGAUAAGACACGAGGGCCCAUGGGCGCCGCUGUCCAUGGCUCCGCAUGGUCUGUCGCCCAUGGCCUCAUCCAUGUCCACAGCCCUGAAACAGCCUGCCUCCAUUUUUUCAUUUCUACAUAUCAAGAGUUUAAGGGGAGGGGAGUUUCUUGCGAGAAUGCUAUUAGUACGGUUGGUACAACUGGAAGACUGCCACAGCUAUAAGGAUUAGAGUGGAUAUCUCCCCUUGCCAACUGUGACACAGCUACCUCCCAGAGAGAGCACCCAGAGAGAAGGGGAGGGACGCUGGGGAUCGGUGAGAGGAGACGGAGAGGACUCUGCACUGUUCGUGCUGCUACCCCCCUGUUUACAAAUGUAGAUCAUUGGUGGAGAAGCACAUAAAUGAAACUUUCUAUACCCUGCUGUUCUCAACUUUAACUAUUUUCCUACACUGUUUCCUCUUUCUCUCUUCUACUUCCCUCCUUUAGCCCCGCUGUUGUCCCAUUUUUUUCCCGCUCUCUCCCUCCUCCCGUUCAUCUUCAGACAUUCACCAUCCAAAGUGUAUAAUGAGACUGGUGUAAUCUAAUGUUCUGUCUCUCAGUCUCCAGAUCCAGCCGAUCACAUGAUUGCCAUCGUCUCCUCUCCUUUCCUCGUAAAAUUCUGAACUUUUUCAGCCAUUUAAACUGAACUUAAAAAUAAAACAAAAAAUUUGUCAAAGAUGUUCUAGCAAAGAAAAAAAAAACCCAACUUUUCCUGUGUCUUAAACCAAGAUGGUCAACAUUACUAGCUGCUGACAGAUGUUCUAGUUCCAUAAGAUGCAAUGUUCAGGUGUAAUUUUUCUUUUUUGUAUUAUCUUCUUUGCUCCCUUAAAGCGCCUAUAUUGAAGCUGGGGAGAAGAUUAUACGUUUCUCCAUGUUGUUUUAUACAAGGAAGUAAAGUUCAAGUAAAAAGUAGAUUAUUGGAUUAGUUUUCUAUAUAUCUAUAUAUAUAAAUAUAAUAUGAUUAUUAUUUUUGACUUACUGGUAUUAGAACUAUUAUAUGAAGAUGCAUAUGAUAUAUAUAUAUCAAAUAAUAAACAGACUUCUUUAUGUAAAAGUG